UCAUGUCAUAACAAACGCCAGAUCUAACCUCAAUCUUUCGAAGCUAAAAAAUAAGUUACAAAUUUUUGCUACUCUCGAAUAAAAACAACAAAUAAAAUAAAGCAUGGCCAACAAGCCGACACGCGAUGUGCUCGGCAUUAUCUUCCAGAACUUUUGGAAGUCCCUGAAGCCGCGUCAGUUUCGCGGAAAUUACAUAGGCGAGGACUACUUCGGCAACAAAUACUUUGAGAUUCCCGCAAAUCCUUCGAUCGGCAAACGCAAGCCCUCGCGAUGGUUUGAGCCGGCGGACAAGGAUGCCUUCGAUCAGGAGCUCACCGCUGAGUGGGAGGCGUGGCUGCGGGGUCGGCGCGAAGAGCCACCCACACGGGAGGAGCUGGUGAAGAACCUCCAGAUCAUGGACAUGAAGAAGCGCAAUGCCGCCGAACUAGAGGCCACCUACGCCAAGGGCAAGGACGACAAGGCAUUGCCCAAGCAGGUGGAGGGGCCCACCAUUGGCACCUUUCCAAAAUACAAGGAGUACGAGUUUAUUCCCGGCAAGGAACCGCCCGAGAAGUAAUUGGCAUAAUGGAGCUUGGUAUUUUUAAAGAAUUUAAUGUGUAAAUAUAGUUAAAUGAUCUUAAAA